UUUGCAAGGCUAACUUGAGGGCUUCCUCCACCGGCAGCAGCACCGGCUCUCCUCGCCCAGCACCCACCUCGGCAGCUCUCGGAAGACACCAAAGAGAGAGGCAGAGCUGCAGGGGGCAGUUCCUGCCAUCCUUGACCGGCCCUGGGCAGGCUGACAGCUGCAGCCCCAGCUGAUCUGCGAAAAGAAGCGAAGCAGGCGGCUGCCGGCAGGGCUGGCCCGGCCCAUUCAACAGCCCCUCUGGCCCGAGGCCAUGCAGCAGACCAUGUCUCCAGGCCCCUCCGCACCCGCGGGGGCCACUCCCAGAGGCCGACAGCGGAGCAGCGGCCCCCGCCAGCUCCUGCCCUCCAUGCUGAUGUUUGGUGUGAUUGUGGCAUCGAGCAGCCUGCUCCUGAUGAUCGAGAAGGGCAUCCUGGCAGAGGUGAAGCCCCUGCCUAUGCACCCUGCCCACGGAGAGCUGCCAGCAAGGCGUGGUGGCAGCGUGGGGGUGGCAAAGGAGGAGGAUGUGGCUGCACAGGUGAUACACGACAUCCGCAACCGGACCAUCCGGGCCGCCUGCGGGCAAGCGGGCACCCCUCGGAGCGUGUGGGAGCUCUCGGCAGCGCAGCGGCGCGUGGUGCUCAAGCACCUCCUGGUGAGCGACAAGCACCGCUUCCUGUACUGCUACGUGCCCAAGGUGGCUUGCUCCAACUGGAAGCGCAUUCUGAAGGUGCUGGGCGGCACCCUGGAGAAUGUGAACAUCCAGCUGAAGAUGGACCACCGGAGGGACCUGGUUUUCCUCGGCGACAUGAAGCCGGACGAGAUCCGCUACCGCCUCAAGAACUACUUCAAGUUCAUCUUUGUCCGGGACCCGAUGGAGAGGCUGCUGUCCGCUUACAGGAAUAAAUUCGGGGAGAUCAAAGAAUACCAGUUAAGGUACGGCGUGGAAAUAGUGAAACGUUACAGGAAAAACCCUGGGCAAAGCACCGGCGACGACGUCACCUUCUCCGAAUUCAUCCAGUACCUCUUAGAUGAAGACGUGGAGAGGAUGAAUGAGCACUGGAUGCCCAUCUACAACCUGUGCCAGCCCUGCGCGGUCAGGUACGAUUUCAUUGGCUCCUACGAAAGACUAAAUGAGGAUGCCAAUUACGUGCUAGGAAGAGUUCGGGCGCCUUCUUUUGUGCAGUUCCCGGAACGGCAAUCGUGGUAUAAGCCAGUGACGUCAGAAACUUUGCAUUAUUACCUGUGUAAGACUCCAAGGGGGCUUAUCAAAGAGUUAUUACCAAAGUACAUUCUGGAUUACUCUCUAUUUGCUUACCCGCUUCCAAAUGUUAGCAGUCAAUUUUGCAGACAAUGAACAUUUUCCACUAUGAAGAAGUAGGUGUCCUAUGCAAUUUCCCAAUUUUAUCCCCUUUUUAAUAUCAAAUGCCUUGCUGCUUUGCUCUACAGGUUGCCUUUACAUUAAAAAAAAGCAUUACCUUUUAUACAAAGUGUUUAUGGGCUGCUGACUUAAGCACAGUUUUGUAUGUGGUUUUUGUGUAUUUUAGGACCAAAGCAUUUUUUUAUCAACUGCAGGGCAGCAAUCACAUUUUAAGAACUGGAAUAGGAGACAUGCAUAGAAUCAGGCCGUGUCAAGUAUUAUUUCCUUUAUUUUGUGUAAUAUAUAUGUAGCAUCCUCAUCUUAAAAACAUUUCUGCCCACGUAUAUGAAGCAAUGAAGACAAUUAACGUGUGGCUUGUGUCAUUUCAAGCACUUGGCUGCUUCCCCAAAUUGUACGAAAAAGCAUUUGCAGAGCAUGCCUAUGCAUAUUUACUCAGAAGUCAGUCACACAGUGCAAGUUGGGAGAUUGUAUGACCUUUAAGGAUUGUAGCUUUCAAAGUGUCAAGUACAGGGGAAAUGCAAAAUAUGCGAAAGCCUAUCUGCAUUGCUGGGGGUUGGACUAAGUGGCCCUUGGGGUCCCCUUCCAACGCUACAGUUCUCUGUUUCUCUGAUAACAGUAAGUGCAUGUGUGCAAAGUACACUCAAAUAAUUUGGCUCUCCAUGCAGUUCAGGUAGUAGGAUUUAUAUUUUCCUUGGUGCAGUAGUUUGGUCGGUUGCUAUUAUAUUUUCUUCAUUUUCAUUAUGCUUUAUUUGCUUAGGAAAAUAGUUUUAAUAGCUUGUCUCAGAAAUUAGCUCUGGCGUAACUUUUAACCAAGUAGUUAGAAAGCCUAAUUUCUCCAGGGAAUUUGUUGUUCUUAUUAUCGACAUGCAUUCGCACAACUUUCUAUUUAAGUAUUAUGGUUAUUAAAUGUGAAAACAAUUGAACUGGAUGGCUCAUGGAUGUUUAUUUUGUACCUGCCUUUUAAAUAGAUUGUAUGCUUUUUUUUAAAAAAAAAAUGAUGCUGAGAACAAUCGUCGUUGUGAUCCAGAAUCGCUGUUCAAACUGAGUGCUGGACACAACUAUUUUGUAUUUUGGCAAUGGUUCAUGUUCUUAUGUAGCUGCAUUGUUUUAUACUUUCUGGAUAUCCCAUAAUCAUGUUACAUGGUAGUUGUGUUCUCUUUUAUAAAUCAGCACUGCUAAGAGUUCAUUGUUGUUGUUUUGUUUCCCCAUGUUUUUUCUUUUCAAUAAAAAUUUGGCGUGGCAUGAGCUAAUUUUUAUUCUGAUAGUGUGGCCCGGAGAAAAACGUUUUGAGAGCCACUCGACUAGAAUACGGUCAGUUUUGUUAGCAGCUUUGAAUUGGCAUGUCAGUUUCCUGACUAAGAGGGAAUGCCUGUCUCUUUUCAAUCUAUAAGAAAUUAGCAACCAUUUAUUGGAUUAUGUAAAAAUACUGGGCACAAAAGUUCCCCAUCAACACAUACAAAAAUGUGGCAAGACUUUUUGGAAUAAAACUGGAAAUGUUUAUUACA